GAAAGUUACUUCACCUAUGGCUAAUGGAUUUUAAGUUGGAUGCAAAUCUUGUGUUGAACCCACAUGCAUAAUUUUCAUAUCUUCUUGAAAGAGAUGGAAGAGGGGGUUGGGAGGGUGUCAUCCAAUGGUUGUGGGGAACAAAAUUUAAAUUAUAAUGAGCAAGAUGGUUCUGGUAGCUUAAUGGGUGCUGAUAAAGUGGAAUGCUCAAUAGAGGAAGGUAGAAUAGAAGGUGAUGCGUUAAGGGGUACAUCGCAUGAUUUGGGCUUAAAAAGUGAAGGGGCCUAUUGUAAGGAGAAUGAGCUAAAGGGGCCUAGUGGAGAGGAGGACACAAGAAAAAGCCCAAUUAAGAAUAAUCUAAGUGGGCUGGCAACAAAUGAAAAUAUAGGAGCCUCCAAAUGGUUAGGCCAACACCACCCUUGUACCUAUAUGAGCCCCACAUAUGCAAUUGAUUAAGGUGCCAUUGGGGUUUGAUGGUGGACAUUUUAUGAGCUUUGAUACCACACGGUACACACCCUUCUUCUUAGCAGCACACACAGGUACAUUCGUCAGCACAUCACAUACUCAACAUAUCAGCAGAUUCUACCUUUUUUUUUUUCUUUUUCUUUUUUUAUGGCCUUUAUAUAUAUAGGCUACAAAUAUAAGCAGCAACAAUUG